AAAUUCAUAUUUUCAAGCUAUCUGAGUUAUGGAUAUAUAUAUUUGUUUAUACGCAGGAAACGUAGUGUCUGACACGAUCAUAUUUACUACAUUUCCCAUGAUGCAGUUGGCAAGAGGCGCCGGAAGUGGCGCGAAACAUUUGAAAAGUGUCACACAGACUUGGACAGAAUCUAGUAUCUAAUAUCUAAAGUAUCUACUGUAUCUAGUAUCUACAGUAUCAUCUAGUAUCUCGCCGUGUGUUUGGGCUCUAGUCGACAUUUUGAAGCAUUCACACAGCAAUAGGAAGAAGAUGUCGCUGGUGAGAGGAGGCGGUCGACCGCAACAAAACAAAGCGAAAAAGACUGUUGUUCGCUCCAAGAAGUCAAACCCUCCCAAAAGAGAGUGGCUGAGCACUGUAAAUGACUUGUCCGUGCACAAGCUCUCGCCUGCAGAACUGAAUCAUCGUCACGAGCUCCGCAAGUCCCACAACAAGGCUGCCGCCCAAUGGGAGCUGAAAGAGAAGGCUCUUCAAGGCCGUCUUGUUAAGCAGGCUGGCUCUAGUCCAGCUCCUCUAGACCAAAGCAGUCUCACAAUCCUAAGAGAGGUCUUUUCUGACAAGCUGCUGCUCCAAGAUGUGCUGGCCCGCUCCGACAGAGCUAUGGCUUUGGUCCAAAACCUGUUUGGAGAUGCUCCACGCAGGCAGACUGGGCAUGCAUGUGUGACCAUGGUUCCAAACUCCGACUCUCCUCCAACUCGCUUGUCACUCUUUGGCGAGUCAAUGGUGGAGCAGCAGGCUCUUAGUGAGCAAGAGGACAAUGAUGAUACCUCUUCGGCCACACUAAUCCAAAGGAAAAUGAAGGCAAAGAAUAAGGUGCAGCUCCAAAAGGUCUGUCGCCAGAGAUUCAAUAGCCCUGGAAGUCCGUGCAUGUCAGCCAGUGCACCAGCACAAACAGCUCUCAAUGCCACACCGGCAGUUCAGCAUUUAAGAUCUCAACAGAACCAGUCACAAGAAGCCCAGGGGGAUCCUUCUUUUCUUGUCUCCCAAGUCCUCAACCCUGAGUUGUCUCCAAGGCAAGCAGGCAGCUGUCACACCGCCAGGACCAGGAAGCGUGUUUGCAAGACCGUCGAGCUGAACGGCUCCUCUGUUGUCUCUCUCAGCGGGGAGCAGUCCAGUCUGGGCCUGCUGCAGACCAUGUUGGGCCAAGUGGAGGUGGACUUGGAUCGUCUGACCGUAACUCCACUUUACUAUCUGGCCCUCCAUCCGUCAUCCGACUCCCCCCUGGGACCAGACGUCAUGGAGCUUGGAUAUGAAACUCUCCAAAAGUGGGUCUUGCAGCUGCGGUGCCGUGUGGAGCGGGUCUGGGAUUUAACUGGCUCCGGGUCCAAUUACCAGAGUCUGCCGCAUCUGGAUGCAGUUAGAGGCCAAGCUCUGAGUCAUGUAGAAGAGGAAGACCAGGAGGAAGACCAGGAGGACAACCAGGAGGACAACCAGGAGGAAGACCAGGAGGACAACCAGGAGGACAACCAGGAGGAAGACCAGGAGGAGGACCAGGAGGAGGACCAGCAGUAG